AUGAAUUUCACCCAGCACCGUGGGACACUGCAGCCUCUCCACUUCGGGAACCACAGCUAUGGACUGCAUGGAGGUUCCAGCGAGCCCAAUACAAAGGGCCACUCCUCGGGAGGCUGCUAUGAGCAACUCUUUGUAUCCCCUGAAGUCUUUGUGACUCUGGGCAUCAUCAGCUUGCUGGAGAACGUCUUGGUCAUUGUGGCGAUAGCCAAGAACAAGAACCUCCAUUCGCCCAUGUACUUCUUCAUCUGUAGUUUGGCAGUGGCUGACAUGCUAGUGAGUGUGUCUAAUGGAUCAGAAACCAUUGUCAUCACGCUGCUAAACAAUACAGACACAGAUGCACAGAGCUUCACUGUAAACAUUGACAAUGUCAUUGACUCAGUGAUUUGCAGUUCCCUGCUUGCAUCAAUUUGCAGUCUCCUCUCAAUAGCAGUGGACAGGUACUUUACCAUCUUUUACGCGCUCCAGUACCAUAAUAUCAUGACAGUGAAGCGCGUAGGGGUCAUCAUCACAUGCAUCUGGGCUGCGUGCACAGUCUCAGGCAUUUUGUUCAUCAUUUACUCUGACAGCAGUGUUGUCAUCAUCUGCCUUAUUAGCAUGUUCUUCACUAUGCUCAUUCUCAUGGCAUCCCUCUAUGUCCACAUGUUUAUGAUGGCUCGGAUGCAUAUCAAAAAGAUUGCUGUUCUUCCAGGGACUGGCCCUAUUCGCCAAGGGGCCAACAUGAAAGGGGCCAUCACACUCACCAUCCUGAUUGGAGUUUUUGUUGUGUGCUGGGCUCCGUUUUUCCUGCACCUGAUUUUCUACAUCUCCUGCCCCUACAACCCUUACUGUGUAUGCUUCAUGUCCCACUUUAACUUCUACCUCAUCCUCAUUAUGUGCAAUUCCAUCAUUGAUCCACUUAUCUAUGCAUUCCGGAGUCAAGAGCUCAGGAAAACAUUCAAGGAGAUUAUAUGCUGCUGUAGCCUGAGAGGGCUUUGUGAUUUGACUGGUAAAUAUUGA